AUGGCUGAGACAUUGUCACUGUCAACGUCGGCAUCCAGUCCGACAAUUAAUGAUGGAUCGAUGAUUGCCUAUAAUGCGAAGCCAAUCCUUUGUUUGCCUAGUACAAUACAACCAGCACCGUUGCCAGUUGUGAAGCUUGAACUCAAUACAAAUUUGAAUGUGCCACCACUGAAUGCAUGGUCUGCUGAUGUGUACGAUGAUUUUUGGACAGAAAUGGAGAACAGUUCAAAAACGAGCCAUGGAACAGCAACUAGCACUGCCUCAUCAGGAAAUUUUUCGGGAAACGGAAAUAGAAGUAGUACUGGACAAUGGCGUUUCAGUACUCGAAUUAGAGAUUGUUUCGAAAGUCUUCGUCUUGCUGAUUGCUAUAUUGAUGCUAUAGUUGGUGGUAUUGAUGUCAUUGCUGAAGCUGAAACUUUGAAAAAACUUAUUGCUGCACCCUUCUCCAAGCAACCCCUAAAUUUAAUAGUUCAUAAAAUUGGGAAAACGCUAAUGUUGGAUAAUUGUGCCUACCUAAAGAAUUACGCCUAUAUGAAUCCAACUGUUGGCAUUUCUUCUGUGGCAGAUUUUCUUAAUUCUAAGUCUCAAUGCCUUAUUGGUUUUGCUGGUGCCAAAACUGCAAUUACAACUGGUGAUAUCAUUGCCGAUAUGCAUCGCAAAAUGAUAACUGAGAGUUUGUAUACUAGGAGUUUGGCACCGUUGGAUUACACGGCAACUACUGCAGAACCAGAUGUUCCAGCCCAGACCAAUAAAACUUAUGAAAAUGAAUCGUCAAAAAAGAUCAAUGAAAGUGGUGGUUUAGUCGAUCCGUUGGAAGAUUAUUUAUACACAAAAAUAAGGAUGGAUGAUGGAAAAAUCGAACUAGAUGCUUAUGGUCGAUUGUGGAAUUUUUAUGAUCUCAAUAUGCUCGUUGAUGUUAAUUUACCUAUAUUUGGUUGCAAAUCCAACCCUUGUGUUACUUUACAUCCCAAAGAUCUCAAACAACGUCCUAUCAACUUCUUAACCGGGGUAGACUUGUAUUUGGACCAGUCAAUGUGUAAUGCACCUGAAGCAUUACUUUGUUGGCAUUUAGGUGGCUAUGUAAAGGAGUAUGAGCUGAUUCGUACCGAAGAUAUCCCACAUUUGGAAAACUCGAAAUUUGACCCACUCAUUUUAAGAAAUGUUGCGGAAAACAUCAUUGCGUUUCUUCAGGACAAAGUUGCGCAGGAAGGACACACAUAUUGGUUGUGUCAUGACAAAGGAGACAGUGAUCGUGAACCAAUGUUGCGAUUGUGGGAUUUGACACCGCUUUGUGGUGAUCUUUUGGAAGACUCUACGGCUAAUCCAUUUACGCUGAGUGUCGGAAUACUUAUCUAUAAAGUAGCUCGUAAUCUUAUGCGUCGUUCUGCGCACAGACGCCCAAAACGUAUUGCUAAUGCUGCAUUUCGUCUUCUGAAUGUAUGCUUGGGUAUUAUUGAUCGAAAGAAACAUCCACAGAUAGUAGCAUGUGUAUACUAUUUGCUAGCGAACUUGUAUCUUUCAUAUGGUUGUGACGCAGUGAAACGUAGUGCAGGCCAAGAAGAGGAGAUGGAACGUGCCGAACCUCAGUGGACUUAUGAUGAUAAAUGGCAGCGAGAAUACGGUGAAGAAUACGCUAGUUAUGCGGCUAUUUCGAUUGAGUCAUUGAUGAAGACACGUUACACAGUUAGUAGACGUGAGAAGCCACCAAAGUUGCGUACGUUACCAAACUGUGCAACAAAGGAAGACUGCUGUAAGGAGGCCCUAGAACACUGUUUAGAAGGUUUGCGAUAUAUGGAUUUAUUUGAUCAAAUGGAACAAGAGGCUCAACGGCUGGGAAAACCUUUGCCUGAUCCGAUGUCUUUUAUCCGAGAUAUGGGCACGAACAUUGAUCUUGGGAGAGAAGAAGCAGACGCAAUGCUUAAGGUAGAUGUCCGUUCCAUUUUGUUUAUUCGUGCUGGAAGUGCUUAUCGUAUGUUGGCUGAUAGUUCAUUUAUUUUGUCAAGAUAUGGCCGAACAUUGAGAUUUGCACGCGUUGGACUCUACUGCUGUCUUGCGGUACUCGCUUUGAAUGCAGGUCUAAACUCCGAACAUUCUCAACGAAAUCUAGCCACAGCGCGAGCUUUACUUCCUGCGAUGAUGUGUCAUAUCGCGGAAGCCCUUGGCAAUAUUGCGUGUAGUUCACUGCCGGUUAAAGAUCAGGCUAAGGCUGAUCUGAAACGUUGCUAUCGUGAUAAGCAGAUCAAAGCACAAGCGUUAGAUUGCCUCAAUAAUAAUCAUGAUUCGUACUCGGUAUUUUCUGCUGAUGCUACUGCUGCAACAACUCCAUUAUCUUCAUCAAUGGAUGACUUUGGUGAUAAUGGUUCAGGGAUUCAAGAAAGAGGAAAUAUAAAUGAAUCGAAAGAAGUUGGAUAUGUUGGCUCUACUGAAAGUGACAUUCAGAUUCAAACCAAUUCUUUUACCGUUCCUACAGUUGCUGUCAAUUUAAAUUCUGCUAAUUAUGUUGGAAUCUGUGAUGGAUCUCUUGCAAAAAUCUGUAGAAGCGAUAAAGAUCGUCCAUAUAGUUGGGCAUUCCCGAAAACUUUCCACAUGCCAUUUGUCGAAUUGUUAGCAAUUUCGGAGCGCGCUGCUGAUGUAGCUAUUGCAAGUGGUAAAAAAAUUGCUCCGAUGUCUUUAUUCCCACCGACCGCGGAUGCUAUUCUUUAUCCAGAUCAGUUAGCUCGUCGUUUGGGUAAUUUGAAGAAUAUUUUGGCUGUUCAUCAUAUCGAACGACUUAAAGGCUUCGUGCAGCGUGCGGCACAGAAAGGAGCAAAAUUGUUCACUGAUAAAGAAGCAAUGCAGCAGUACAUAGCAAUGGAUGUGGAUGCGCUGAAUACUACAAAUGAUACUUCAUGUAAAGUAGUAAGUGUUAUGGAACCGGAAGAAAUGGUUGAGAUGACCGUGAAAGCUGGGAAAAAGCUGCUUUUGCAGGGCAUUUCACUAUUUGGUUUGGUUGGUGAUCACGUCAACGAGGCAUUUUUGUUAUCAAAUAUUGGUCAGCUGUACCGUUUACAGUUACACUGCCAAAUGUAUUUUACUGAUUUUAGUUUGCCAUAUGAUCCGGAGAAGGAGAAAAACUGUGUUUUAGAGGCAAUCGAGCAUUAUCAGCGUGCAUUGACUACCAUUGCUGAUUUCCGAAGUACUCAGUUCCCACUGUUUGAAAGUAUUAGUAAGGAUUUGGCUGGUAUUUACCUCACCUAUGCAGUAAGACUUCAAGACAAUGUGCAACCGGGAAUGAUACAAAGUCAUCCUGAAAAGAUGACAGUUGAAAUACAUGAAUUUUUGAAUCGUGCUCAGUCAGCUUACACAUUAAUUCGUGAUUCUGUGAGAUGUUCUCCAAAAAUGCAUUAUGAAGCUGACCGGUGUAUUAUUGAAAUUUUGUUUCGAUUCGGUAAAUUAUUUCAGCAUGCAGCGCAAUACAGCACUGUUGGCUUACCUCGUAAGCUAAAAGAUUAUGAAAGACAAGCGAUCGAGCAUUAUAGCGCAUGUUUCAACUAUGUGGUGGGGAAGAUUACUAGAGCCACAAGAACAAAGUCAUCCAAAAAGCAUGAUAAAAUAUGUCUUCGAGAGUGUAUAACAGCCUUGAGAGCUGCUUUAGAGAGUACAAAAUGUUCAGAUGUUAAUACACGUGUCAGUACUGCCGAUGCACGCAUCAAACGUUCACGUAGAUCAUUGGCUGCAUUAUUCGUAACAACUCAACCAUUAAUGCUGCACCUGGAAACCUCACUUUCUGCUUCAGAGGAAGAGAAAAAAGAAUUUUUUGAAGAUGAUUCUUUAAUGCAUCUUAAUAGUUACCGCGAAACAUUACAUCUCUUUGUGCAAUAUGUCCGAAACAUUGUCAAGGAUGCUCUGCAGUGUUUGGUAGCUCGUUGUAAUUCGAAAAUGUUGGAUCUUUGGAAGAACAUUUAUCGGUUGUUACUUCAAAUUCAGAUUACAGGUGAAGGUUGUAGUUUGCCACAGUGCCUGCUACAACUAGCUGAUUGUGCAAAGCAUGUAAAUAGUUGUUUUGAAAAGUCUGAAUUAUAA